AUGUCUCAGUCAUCGCACCUCUCCCGGUACAGGCCCGCCGUACUCGCCAUCACUAGCAUCGCUGCUGCCACCUGUGUCUAUGCUCUGUACAGCGCAUGCUCGGAACCACCGGCCAGAGAUAUCGGUCUGCGUCGCAGUAACGCUGUUCACAGACAGAGCCGGGAAAGGCGGGAUCCUGACUUGAGCAUACUGGGCUCCGCGGGACCCGAUGCGGACCAUCCGUUAGGAAGCGUCCUCGUGACCGUUGGACUGGAACACCGCAUGCUUGAUAUCGCUUCCGAGGGCAUGCCAUCAGAUGCAAAUUUCCGUGAACGAUUCGGUGUCGACAUCACAGCUACCUUCCGAAGACAGCUGAGCAUUACCAUAGCAAGAUGCUUCUAUGAGGCAUGCUGGCUGGCUAAGGACGAAGAAGCUCGAGACCGCUUGCGCCGGCUGGCGCCAGAGAUUGAUCGGCUCUUCACUACGUUUGCAGGUGUCGACAUUGGCACCAUUCGCGACCAAGCGCCAGGUAUUGCGCACGCUGUGUUGGGUGCUGAUGAAGGACAUUGCCGAUCAGCUAUUGAUCAUUUCCUAGUGGCUCCUCCGUUCACGGAGAUUAUCUCCGAUGAUUCGGAUGACGACCAAGUAGCUGCAGAAACUGAGGAUGGAAACUCGUUCACUGCCAGCGACCCGGAGCCGUCCCAAGGACUGAAAGGCCUGCUUUACCACAUCGCUGAAGCCGAAGCGAAACGGAAAGCGUACGAGCAUCGUGGUGUUCACUGCGACGGAUGUCACGAGACACCGAUCCGAGGAGUCCGAUGGCGUUGCCUCAACUGUGCCGACUACGACCUCUGCUCUACGUGCGAACAAACUGUGCCUCACUUCCCGAACCACGUUUUUGCCAAAGUCAAGAUACCGCUGCCGACAAUGUCGCGAGGCUCUCGUCCUCAGGCGAACUGGUAUCCAGGGUACGCAGAUUCCAGCCACUAUGCCUAUCUGAAGUCUUCCGUCAAGAAACGUCUCGAGGAAGAAUACGAAUUUGACUCCACGAAAUUGGAUGCGCUGUACGACCAGUUUACGACUCUCUGUAACGUUGGGUUUCCCGGCGACCCUGCCCACAUUGACAGAGCAAUCGAUUGCAAUGCUUUCAGACGUGCUCUGACAAGCGAGCGAUGGCAGCCACGCUUCAGACAGAACAUACUUUACGACAGAAUGUUCGCAUUCUACGACACGGACAAAAACGAUCUCAUUGGCUUUGAAGAGUUCGUCAGUGGUGUGGCUUACAUUCGAGGUCCAAAGCGUUUUCCGUCACUGGACCGAGCAUUGCAAGGCUUUGACACCGACGGAGAUGGCUAUGUGGAUCGGUACGACUUCAUUCGCAUGUUCCAUGCUAAGCACGACAUACAGAAGUUGCUGCUCACUGAUAUGAUGGAGGCUCAAGAGGAAGAGCGCACCAUGAACGCCGUGGAAGAUCUAAGGUCGAGCCAGCCUAUCAGUGCCAUGUUUAGGGAUGAAGACAUCCCACAAGGCGAGGUCCGCACGGCCACAGGAAAGACCAGGGAUCGACAUGGAGACAUGCAACCUCUGCCUGGCGCCAAGACGAUUCUCGAAGACGAUGAAGGGUGGCCGGACGACGAACAACGACGGAGAGCAACGAAUACAGCCCGGCGACCGCCGCACGAAAGGAUGCAAGGUCACCUGUCUCGGUUCGAGGAGAUACUUAGCCAGACCGAUGGACAGCAAGAUGCUGUCGGCAGCAAUGGACUGGUCGUGGCACACGACGAAUCAAACGCAGCUAUGGAAAACUUUCCCCCGACGAAUGGAAGCGCUACAGGAUCUUGCCCACCCCCGACCGCCGCAGAAGACGAGCCGCUGGACAAAGACGUUCUGUGGCAGAUUGUCGAAGACGGCUUCCAUGAGAUGCUCGACCCUCUCUUCUUGGCACCAGAAACGGUCGACGGACAAGUCGUCGCAACUCGAGAAGAGAGGCAGAAAUGGGCCAAGCAAGUUGAAGAAGCAGCGGCUGAUCUGGAACGGAUGGACCAGGAGCUGGAGUCAGGAGCAGAAAUCGAUCCGUUGGUGGCCACUGCUAAGGGCGCCUUGGAUCGCUUUGGUGGAGCGGACAAGACGGUAAAGGAGGAGAUGGUGCCGACUGAUGCUGACAGCUUGUCGAAGCUGGAAGAAGAGAUCUCCCAGAAGCCUCUCGAAGAGCUUCUGCAAACGAGCGGUUAUGAGCUGCUUGAUGGAGCAGGGCCAGAGGGUGAGGAUCAGGGUGCCUCAGCAGCCUCGACUGGACAUGAACCGGCGGACUCUACGAUGCCACAGAACCGACCGAAUGGUAGUGCAGAUACCAAAGUGGUGGGCGAUAGUCCCCGGCAAACAUCCAACACCGCUCAGCCGGAUGACCCAGAUGCUGGCGCGGCGCAUACCGUCGAAAAACCUCCCUCCGCAGCUCGUCUUCGCCUCUUGACCCGUCACGCACGGCUAGACCAAGAGAUCGAGGCUCGAGGUGGGGUUGGAAGACAGAGGCUUGGUGAGAUCGAGCAUGCCAUCGAGGACACAGACCUGGGAGGUUUGGUUACCUCGUGGCUGGAACUCGCAAGUUUCUGA